GGCCCGUUAUCCACCAAAACCAGAAGAAAAAUCAAAGAAGGAAGAAGGUGGUAACGUGGAAUAGUAAACAAAAUAAAUAUCUUAAAACGGAACACAGUUCUAGUCGAAGCUUUGAAGGCUGAGCUCAAACGCAGUAACUUGUUGAGCCGAGUCUGCUUGACUUCCUCCACGUGUUCUCUUUCACAUUCUUCACGCCACUUCAAUCUCCAAAACCUUCACGAAUCACACACCCAAAUCCGUGAUCCUAGGCACUUUUAAGCUUGUCUCAAGUCAUGAAGAUCCCUUGUUGUUUCUCAGCAUCGGUCAAAGAACAAACCAAGCAAGAGGAACCAGAAGAACAAAAGGAUCAAAAUUUUCGCAUAUUCACUUACAGAGAAUUGGAUUCUGCCACGCGUGGUUUUCAUCCCUCGGAAAAGGUUGGAGAAGGAGGCUUUGGCUCGGUCUAUAAGGGGCAGCUUCGGGAUGGAACUUGGGUGGCUGUGAAAGUGCUUUCAAUUGAACUUGAAUCCUUGCAAGGAGAGAAGGAGUUUGUGGCAGAAUUGACUACACUAUCAAAUAUCAAGCACCAAAAUUUAGUUAUUCUUCGAGGGUGUUGUGUAGAAGGAGCUCAUAGAUAUUUAGUCUAUGAUUACAUGGAAAACAAUAGCCUUCGUCACACUUUCUUAGGUUCGGAGCAAAGCAGAAUGAGAUUCACUUGGGAAGCACGAAGGGACAUAUCCAUAGGUGUGGCCAGGGUGCUUGCCUUUCUCCAUGAGGAACUUAAACCUCGUAUUGUGCACAGAGAUAUCAAAUCUAGCAAUGUCCUUCUUGAUGAUAAUUUCACACCGAAAGUUUCAGACUUUGGCUUGGCCAAAAUACUAAGGGAUGAGAAGUCUUACAUCAGUACCCAAGUUGCUGGGACAUUGGGUUAUCUUGCUCCAGAGUAUGCCAGUUCUGGACACUAUACCCGAAAAUCAGAUGUUUAUAGCUUUGGAGUACUACUUUUAGAAAUUGUCAGUGGUCAACAGGUGGUAGAUGCUCAUCAACACAUGGAACGUUUCAUAGUCGAGAGGGCAUGGGUAGCGUAUGAGGCUAAUGAUCUUCUGAGAAUGGUGGAUCCAGUGCUGAAUAUGAACUUUGCCGAGGAAGAAGCGAAACGGUUUCUAUUGGUGGGGCUGCGUUGUGUUCAAGAAACGGCCAAGCAUAGGCCACGAAUGUCAGAGGUUGUAGAUAUGUUGUUUAACAAUGUUGACAUGGAGAACGUUCAUAUUUCACAACCAGGAUUUGUCAACAAUCUUAGGAAAGCCAAAAACAGACAGCAGAUGCAUUCAGCAGAAGAAUCAGGUGCUGCUGCGGCAACCUAUGGAAGCUCCUCUGUAUGGAGUACGGCCAAUCUUGCUCGUUAGAUUUACAACGAUGCUUAAGACUGCAUAUUUUACUUUCACGAGAUGAAAAGUAAUUGGAUUCCCAGGUAACAAAUAAGUUAAAUUUUGAUUUUUCCUAUUUCAUUUCGUCCACAUUUUCCACUGUAUCUCGUAUUAUUUCAAAAUAAAGCUUCAAUCUCUUGCUCGCU